AGACUCUGUGUGUGUUUUUUUGUUUAAAAACUUUUAAACAUUUUAUUGCUUAUUAGAGUAUGAAGAAAUAGUAUUUGAAUGAACUAAAUUAAAUGAUAAUGUACAUACUUAUUGCAACACAAUAAUCUUAUAUACAUACAUAACAUAUUUAUAGUGAACCAUACAACAACUUGUACAGGGACAUACCAUAAGUUUAGUCACAUAUAUUUUACGUAUUUAAAUAUAAAUUACAAAAAUAAACCCAUUUUAGUUUUUUUAAUUGGAAAACUUUAAAAUAUCUCAUUUUUGAACGAAAAACUAAGAGUGACCCACUUACGAUGGCAACACUUUAAAUGCAGUUAUAUGUCGUGCGAUUUCAUGCCGUUAUACUAUUUCCUGUGGGACUACGUCUAGUCUAUGCCAACAAGCCAGCUACUAUUGAUGAACUUCAUAUGAAUAUAAAACGUGAAAUUGCAGCAGUAUCGACCGAUUUAUGAUUGAAAACUGUCGAAAAUGGGGUUCAGCGUCUGUUCUGCAAGCGUGCCGUGGUGGCCAUGCAAAAAAAAAAAAUUCCAUACAUAAUGGCAUCGAACGUACUUUCGCGGGAAUAAAGAAUUUCAUUGAUAUCUCAAACUGUUUUUGUUUUCUUGAAAAAAUAAACUUAAACGCUCUUAUUGAAAAACUCGUUAUACAAAUCAAUAGAAGGUGCCAUAAGUGGAAUUUUUCACGAUUAUAUCACAAUUGCAAAGAAUCAGAAAGCAGCGGCAAUAGAAUAAGCAUGGGCAUUCCUGAUAUCCGAAUGCUCAUUUCAGUGGAAUUUGAAGUAUUUGGCCACGUCCAAGGUUGUUACUUCACAAAAUAUACUCGAGAUCUUUGCACUAAAGCUGGAAUAAAAGGAUGGGUUAAGAACUCCAAACAAGGGACCAUAAUAGGGAAAAUACAGGGUCCAAAAGAGGAAGUUAAUAGGAUGAUUGACCAGGUAUAUUUUAAACACGGCCGAAGAACACCAACACAAAAAGAAGAGCCACGCGAAGGAACUGAGAAUACCCCGUUUUGGUUCAACCAGGGCCAUUUUUUAGGAGCGCGAGGAGGCCGCCACUGUAAAUGGGAAUUCUGCAUUAAAAACUAAUAAUAAUAGGUUGUCAAAAAAGUCUUGCGGUAUUUUUAUUGAUUUUUUUUUAUUGAAAUUGAAAUGAAUUUUUGAUGACUCAUGCCCAGCUCUUGACCGAUGCUACGGCUGCUACUAUGCCGGUCUCUUUCGACCAAUUCAGCGAUUUUAUAGCAAUUUUCGACGACAGGCCUUCCCGAGCGUGGCGCAUCUUCGACUACCUCUACACCAGAACGAAAACGUUGAAACCAUCGUUGUGCGGUGGAAAUGUAUCGGCAGAGAUAAAGAGAUGUCCAACUCCUCUCUCACUGGAAGUGAGAGAACAAUUGCUAAACGUCAAAACCACCUAAACUUUGACAGUUCAUCGAGUUCAGGAGGUUUUGACGUUUAGCAAUUGGAAACGAGCGAUGGCCAGAUUGAAUCUUACCAAAAAAAUAUGUAAACGGAGGGAUUUGUUGCAUCGUUCAAGACCACUUAUAAAAAAUGUAAAACAAUGAAAAUUAAAUAAAUUUGUGAAAUUUAAGGUA